AUGGACGGCACAUCCUCAUCCCCUGUGCGCCAGGCCGUGCUGUAUGCCCUGCCGUUCUUGAGGGCCUACUGGUAUCUUCUCAUUCCUCUUUACAUGGUCUUGCGCUUCCUCGUGCAGCGAUAUAAUUCUCCUCUACGGGUAUAUCCUGGUCCAUUCAUUGCCUCUGGAAGUCGAAUCUUCAAGCUGGUCUCGGUGGCCAGUGGGAAAACCGAGAAAAGUCGCAUCGACCUCCAUCGAAAAUAUGGCCGUGUUGUGCGCCUGGGUCCCAACGAGCUGUCGUUUGCCUCACCGCAAGCCGCGAAAGAGGUUCUCGCAGCAGGCAAGGGUUUCUACAAGACCGACUUCUACAGCGUCUUCCCUCCACCAGAGAAUCCCGACAUCUUCACCGAAAUCAGAGAAGAUGUCCACGCCCAGAAAAAGCGAGUCGCCGCUCACCCUUACUCGAUGUCGGCCAUGCAGCAACUUACGCCAAUCGUCGCCCGCAUCAUUCAGAAGUUUGGCAGCAAAUUGGACGGGUUCUGUAGCACCCCCAACGAACCAUUCGAUCUGGGCGAUUGGCUGCACUUCUUCGCCUUCGAUGUUCUAGGUGAGGUUGCGUUUAGCCGGCAAUUCGGAUUCAUGGACGCCGGUUACGACGUCGAGAACGCCAUCAAGACGAUCGACGACAGCCAGUGGUACAACAGCAUUGUGGGCCAAAUGCCCUUUUUGGACCACUUCUUACGUCGAAACCCUAUCAACCGAUUUUUACCCGGCCUCGCGAUUAAGGACGCCCAUAUCACUCGAAUGGCAUGGGGAGAGGUCCAGAAGAGAAAGCCGUACGACUCAGGGAUCGUACAUACAGAGCACAAGGACCUGUUGAGCUCCUUGGUCAAGGGUCAUCAGGCCAAUCCAGACAAAUUCAGCGAGGCCGACAUCUUCUCCGUCGUGCAUGGCGCCAUUUUUGCUGGCUCUGACUCUACGGCUUCAACAAUGCAGUCCUUCUUCUACUAUGUCUUGAAUUCGAAAUCGGUCUACAGCAAGAUCCUCGAGGAGGUCGAUGCAGCAUACGAAAAGGCCGGCGACGUAUCACUGCUAGAGUGGUCAGACUCUCAGCAGCUCGAAUACUUCCAAGCUGCCUUGAGAGAAUCGAUGCGUCUUCGCCCUGGCGUUGGUGUCGACAUCUCAAGACUGGUGCCUCCCGGAGGCGCUGUGGUUGACGGCCAGAAAUACCCUGGAGGGACCUCCCUGGCGUUCAAUGCCUGGGUACUUCACCGUGAUGAGGAGAUCUUCGGUCCUGACGUCGAGAACUUCCGUCCAGAGCGCUGGCUCGACAAGGAGAAGGCCAAGAAUAUGGACCGCUUCAUGUUCCAGUUCGGCGGCGGCAGUCAUCUGUGCCUUGGCAAGAAUCUCGCUCUGCUCGAGAUCAACAAAGUGGUUCCGUUCCUGUUGAGAAACUACUAUUUCGAACUCGUCAACCCUGGCGUGCCGCUGAAGCAUCACACGACCUUCUUCGUCGUGCAACAUGGCUUGAUUGUGUACAUGAAGAAGAGGAAGUUCUGA